AUGAGCUGUGUCUAUAAGCCAACAGUCCUUUCAGGCAGUGUUGUUCACGAUGAGCCUGACACAGACUCUGCCAGUUUGUUUGCCCAGGGUUAUGAUAACAGCAUUUUAUCUUUAGCCAAGAAUGCGGAUGUUUUAUCGGAGGCCUCUAAAGCAUUCUGUCCACCGCAAGAUUUCAAUAAGGUAUUGCGGCCUAAAUCUGUAGGCUUCUGUAGCUGCAGAAUUGACCCAGAUUUUGAAAACUUCAGAAACACGGUUUUGAGACUUCUUGCUAAUGUCCAAGAGGAUGUUCAAGGCUACAUCCAGGCAGGAAUUUCUCUUCGGAAACAGGAGUAUGUUGUUCUAGUUGAGAUACGCGACAGAAUAGACCGAUGUCAGCGUGACAUUAUGCUUUUUAUCGACACCUUUUCCGGUGAACAUGUACCUCGCUUACGGAGGCAAUCGUCAUUACUCGAAGCCCGCAAUGUAAAGCUUCAGACAAGAGCGAAGAACCUUUUGGUGAACGAAUUAGAUGCAGAUAAAUACUUGAAUACAGAGCCAAAGCGAACUAAGGACCUUUUGGAAGCUGAGAAUUUGAAAUUAAAGAAGGAACUGAAAGAACUGAAGAUGCAGUAUGCCUUACAGCUCAUACGAGCUCAGGAAUUGAUCGAUAAAAUACUUGAUACUAUCCAAGUGGAUAAUGUCACGAAAAACCGGCCUGUGUCAUCAUGUGCUAGGCCUGGCAGUGCCAGUACAAAGAAAGCUACCAAGGGAGAGCUCCGCACAACUCAACCUAAGUCAUCUGCCUCCUCCAGACAAACUCUUCAGAGCAUCAAGAGACAACUCCUCGAGCUGAAAAACGACACGAUAGAUUUACAGGCAUCGGUUCAGAGCGAUAAGUGUGGACCUAUUUGUCCACAUGAGCGGGCGCUGAAUGAUCUACUUAAGGCGAUUCGACAAGAGAAUGAAGCGCUCCCCUCUUCUAAACCAAAUAUUGCAGAGCGUGGUGGUAGCGGAGCAACCUCGGACAUCAUAGCUAUCGUCCAUGCAAUGAAGAACCUGUUUGAAGCAGCGCCAAAUCAGCUGAGUGUCAGUGCUGACAAUUCACUACAGACAGAAAAUAACGCGCUUAAGCGAGAACUUGCCAGUCAUAAGGACAGAGUUCAGGCACUGGAAGGCGAAAAUGCGGCUCUUCUUAAAGAGAUAUCUAAUACAAAGCAAAGUCUAGAUAGGAUUCAGAAGAGUACUUCAUCUCUUCUUGCCAGUAGUUCAGCAAAACCGCAAGAUGUAUGCCGGUGUGGUGCAUCUAUAGCCGCCUUGGAUGUCUCGAUGCUAUUACAGGAAAAAAGCAUCCUGUGUCACAAGCUACAGGAGAAAGAUGUGGAGCUUACAAAACUUCAGGCGGAGAUUGAUGAAGUCAUGCUCGAGCUCAUUAACCUCCAUGAACGGUAUGAUGAACUAGAAAAGAACGCAGCAUCAGACAAGCCAAAGAAGGACAUUGACAGUACACAGUGCCCGUGGAAACCGCAGGAACAGACAGCUUAUAAGGAUGUUGUUCCGCAUGGUGGUGAUAGAGUAACCAGUGAAAGCGUUGUUGAUUUCUCAACUCUGUAUAGUAAUCACAAGGCCACCAGUGCCAUGAUCGCAGACAGUAGCCGCGGUUUGGCAGAAAAGUCUACUAAGGCCAGCAGGCCUAAGAACAAAGGCGUGCGCAAAGAGCUAACUUAA